AAUCGACCGGGCCACCACCGGAUUCCCGCACCGUGGCUUGGCGGCUUGCUGAAAACACAGAGCCGAACAUGGAGCACGCGACCCCUCCGGCCGCCGCCGCCGGCGGCGUCACGGCCACCGUCGAUCUCUCCCCUGCAGCCACCGACCUUGGUGGGGCGCACCACCUGCCCUGCGGCAUCAAGCAGAACGGCGGCGCCCCCGUCUCCGACUACUUCAAGCCCAGGAGCACAGGUGUGGAGGUGGAGGGGGUGAGGGUGGAGGAGGCCUUCUUCCGCGGGAGGAAGCUGCAGGGCGCUACCCUUGCACUCCCGGAUGGCUACCGAGGUUAUGUAUUGGAGAAGAAGAGUGGAGGAAAGGAUAAACAGAAUUCAGAUGGUGAAGUGAGUAAUUUUGUAGCCCGUGCGGAAUUCCAGAACAUAACCUACUGGAAUCAUGAUACCACGCCAUCAGCAGAGGAUUCCCUCCCAAGGUGCUUUCAUUGGCUAACUGUUGCUAAUGCGAUGCACAAACCAGUGACUUCUGAAGAGCUGGCUAACAUGUCAGCAAUGCAGAACCAGGACAACUAGAUUCAUUGUAUGGUGAUUAUGAUUUUCCCAUAUGAUGUAACCGUGGCACUGGGGGAAAAAGUCUCUACUCAAUGUAAUCUCGACUCGGGGAACCAACCUGACAAGCUAUCUACCUGUCUAACAAGCAGCAUACUAUUUCAGCGUAUCCACUAGGUAACGUUUAGGGUUAAGGCCUUAAGGGUGCUCUGCUUCAGGAGAUCCACCUUCAGUAGCACGAUAAUGCUUGGGUAGUGUAGACUGGGAGCUGGAAGCAUGGAACUAUUGUGUUCAUUUCUGCAGUACAGACCAUUGAUGUAUCAAUCAUCUGCAAUGUUGUGAAAGUGCGACAGUGUUGCGUUGCCUGUCUUAACUCUUAA